AUGUGGAAGCGCACGGCCAAGGCUUGGUUUGAUCAUACGCGUUCUGCACGUAAAGCCGAAGCUUUGGAGGAAUGUCGGUCUGAGAUUCUGGCAUUGCUCAGCUCUCAAGGCCAAGAGUGGGGCAUACCGCCUGAGCGUGUAGUUCUUGCGGGCUUCUCCAUGGGGGGCACACUGGCAGCCUGGACAGCAUUGCAGGUUCCGCGACCGCUCGCUGGGUUGUUGCUGUUUGGCACAGAAGGCCUCAGCUUCACAGGUGGCUGGGCGUCUCCAAAGACGCUGGAGGGACCUGGCUCGGACUGGGCUAUCGGGGCUGAGUCCUUGCAAGUGCUCCAAUGUCAUGGACGUGAGGAUGGUCUGGUGCCGAUCGGCUCUGCCACGACCUGCGCAGACGAGCUCCGACGGCUAGGCUGCAGUGUGCGGGCCCUGGCCUUUCAAGGAGUUGGCCAUGCCCUGUCUGCAGACAUGAUCGACGAGGCAAAAUUAUGGCUCCAGCAGCGGCUACCUGUCGAUGCAUCGAGCAAUGAGUAA